AUGCCGCUCGUCAACGGCACGGACCUCGGCAAGCCCAAUACACUCUUGCCGUUGGCCUGUCAUCUCUGCCUCGGGCAGAACGGGAACCUCCACCGCUGCUCGGCUUGCCGAACGGUCUACUACUGCGGGAAGGAAUGUCAGGUCUCGGACCGAAGAGCGCACAAGAAGGCGUGCAAGUCGGUCCAGAGGGCACGCGCCUACCACGAGGACGAGGAGAAGAAGCUGCGGUGGAUCCCCGGCGACUUCCCUUCGCCCGACAGAGUCUUCGACGCCCACGUCGGCCGCUUCUGGGCCAUCACGGAGACGCGCCCCUACAUGCGGGCCCGCUACCUUCUCGUCGACGUUCUGCUUCUGUGCUUCGGCCGCGUCGGCGGCAGCGUCCUCGUCGUCGAGGAGGCGCUCGCUCACCUGCUGGAUCUCAUGCGGCUCGCACGCAAGGACCAGAUGCUCCUGCGCCAGCAGGUGCCCAGCCUGUACAUCCGCCUCGGCAGGGACCAGGAGGCCUACGACUUCAUGAAGUGGUUCGCCACGACGGUCGAGGACCCGGACUACGACUGGACCGACUUGGACCGACCGUUCCUCGACGUCGAAAACGCCGACGUGUUCGAGCCUCUCGAGAUGCCGUGGACGAGGACGAGGGAUCUGGACCUCGGCCAGGCUGUGGCCAUGACGCUCAUCAAGAUGCGCCUGCUGCUCGACCUUGAGGCGCUGCAGAACGUUCGAGUCGCCCUGCGAGGCACGCUGCCGGCCGAAAUCAUCGAGAUGAUCCGCGACAACCUCGUCGGCCGCAUUGUCGGCGCGAGGCCCGGCCUUCUCCUCGCCCCGCCCGAGGUGACGGUGGGCCUGGCUCGAACGAUGAAGGGCCAGGUCAGGGAGCUGCACGCGGCCGUCCAGGCGAACAGCCCGCAUCUGUGGAAGCUUCUGGCCGCCGAUCCGGACUCUUGCAAGCUCGAGAUGCCGAGGAUGCUGCACAUGUAUCACAAGCACGGGUCCAGGGACGAGGCCAUGACGACGUGCUGGUUCAGCUCGGCGGCAUGGCACGAGACGCCGGGGGCCGUUGCCAUGCUUCGUCGUCUAAUUCAGGCCGGCUGA